AUGGUUGUGGUUGAAGGUGGUUUCAGAGACCGCUGGCAUCGUCAAGUCUUGUCCAGACAGCAUGGGACUGCCGGCAAUCAAUGUGAGGACUCACAGCAGGAUCUUUUUGGUUUGCAGCGUGAUGAAUUUUCAGAUGUGGCUGAUGAUUCUUUUCUUCAUGUGCAUGGUUUUGCAGGCUCUGAUGCUGAGGGCAGUCUUGAUUUGCCGCUUGACCCUGAACAGAACCUGGAACAGGGCUCAACUUUGUCGGAGGGCUCCCAGAAACGCUUCCUGGAGCCCAGACCGAAGUCCAGACCUCAGAGCCUUGUGAGUGGAGUCACACGCAGCCUUGGAGUGAAGCGCACUGCAGAUGAGUUCGCAUCCAUGAAGGUGCUCACUGUCUCUGAAGUUCAACAGCUGGAAUCCAUUUGUUUGCAAGAUGAGUUGCUGCAUCACCGUGUCAUUGCUGGUCAUUUUCUCUUUUGCCUGAUGGCUGCUGCAAGGUGGCAUGACUCAAUGCAUGUUGUUUCCAUGGAACUGUCGAAGGCAGACCACCUUUGCUUGUUGGAGGCGGCAACGUCGAAGCACAAGUCGUCCCGCACCAAGGAACAACAAAGGGAGCUGCUGCCUUUCACGGCACUGGGACAGACCCUGGCUGGUGAAAACUGGGCAGAUUCAUGGUUAAGUGCAAGAGAGGAUUCAGGCAGCUUUGCAUGGUGCCACUUUUUGUGUUCCUGGUCCGAACAUCAAGGCGAUUGGGCAGACACAAAGAUGUCAACUGCUGAGGCCACAUUCUGGCUGAGGGAAUUGCUGGAGCCCGUGGUCGGGCCUGACCGGUCGGCGGUGCUGACUGUGCACGGCUUGAAGGCCACGAUGUUGAGCUGGGCAGCUAAGAGCAUGUUAUUCACCCCGGAGGAGCAAUUGGCGCUUGGACACCAUGUGAGCUCUCACUACAAGUCUGCGCUGAUCUACUCCCGUGACGAUCAGAUCGGCCUUUGCAAAAAGAUUCAUGACAUGAUGGACAAGAUCAAGGCAGGUACUUUCAACCCUGAUGGCAGCCGUGUUCAAAGGUUGCUGCAGCUUACGAUGGCCAGGGCUCAAGAAUUGCAGUCGGAUGAUGACAGUGACACCUCAUCCACCUCUACUGAUGCUUCAAGUGUGGCCUCAUCAGAGGGCGAGCACCGCGAGCAGGAACCGUCCUCUUUUAGACGGUUGGAUGCAGCAGAUAUUGACCGAGAUCACUGCUUCAUCAACACACGAUCCAGGGUCGUUCACUUGCAGCUUCUGGGACAACAGAAAUUUUGGUGUGGAAGAUGUGCCUCCUCAUCAUUCAGGAAGGCAUCCAUGGAUGAUUUGGCCAAUGCGGCAUUCUUACGUAGGAACCUUGCCUACGACCUGGCUGGAAUUGGAACCUUUUCAGUGAUGGAUUUGUGGACGCAGAAGCUUUUUGAAAAGAUGAAUGAGGCCCCUUUGGCAAAUUACCGCAGUAUUUCAGCUGAGCAGAUUCUCAGCGCUGACAAGGCUCUUUGGGUAAAGCUGUCAAACGAAACCAGGGGACAGCUUCAGCCCAAAACGGGAGAUCCAAAGGCAUUUGACGAGCAGUUGAAUUUCACCCCUACACAUUUUGUGGAGGAUGCAGUUUUCACCUUGCAACCAGUAACCUUGGCGAACCAGCUCUACCGUGCAGCAAUUGUCAUUUUACAACUGUGUUUUGCUUUGGGUUGCCUGGUGUCAAUAGAGAACCCCGGCCGCUCCUGGUUGUGGCCACUGCUGGCGCUCCUGGUUCAUGCUGAAUACCCUCCACUGCUAUGCAACCGCAUGGCUGAAUGUGUGCGAAAGUCGGCCGAACAAAUGGGGGUAUUCCCAAGCCUUCAACCACGCUUGAAGGAGCUGCUCAACCUCAGCUUGGGGCAUCAGACCUUGCGGCACGAGCCGUUGAUUCCAGAGUAUGCAACGGUUUUUCACACAGACGCCCCCAUUCAGCAUGAAUCACAUAAGCUCCUGUCAGCUCCUUUUUCACAGGGGCACCAUAGCACUGAGCAGCCAGAAGAGACACAGGCACCACAGGAACACGAGCCAAAGAGACCGCGAAAGGAGUUUAAAUAUGGGGUGUGGCAUACACCUGAACAGUUCUUGACUAGAGCUGAAGCUGUCGCUCACCCCAUGGAUGAUGAAUCCUUUCUGCAUGUGGCUACAAAGGAUGCUAUUAAGAAGGUGGUUGGAACCGACCUACUGAUACUUGCAACAGAGCGCUUGGCCACUGUUUUCAACCUGCGCAAAUUGACAAACGAACUGAAGUGCCAAGAGUUGGCCCUCAAGGACACAAUGCACCCAGAUGUCAAGCGAUGCACAGUGACCAAGAACAUCCUCCUUUUUGAACACGUCCUCAAGCAGCUUGACUUCUGGGAUUUGGAAGUUGUUUCCCUGUUGAAGCAGGGAAUUCCUUUGGUUGGGUUGCAAGCUGCGCCUAAGGGAUACAGAGAGCAGCUGGUGCCAGCGUCCAUCACAGAGGAUGAGUUGCUACAAUCAUCAGCUUGGAGGCGGAAGUCGCUGAUGUGCCAAUCCAAGCGCUUCAAACCGGAGGAGGAAGCCGCUCCCCUUAAAACUACAGCUGAAGAAGUGGCAAAGGGCUUUUUGGAAGGGCCAUAUUCAGAGCAGGAAAUCUCCGUUUUGUUGGAAACUGAGGACUGGUCCCUCAGCCCGCGUUUCGUCCUUUUCCAGGGCACUGGUGGCAAGAUCAGGGUGAUCGAUGAUGCAAAAAAGAGUGCGGUCAAUGCAGCUUACAGUUCCACGGUUAAAUUGCAACUCCAGGACGUGGACUAUGCAGCUAACAUGGUUCUGUUUUUGAUGUCAGAAGCGGCGGCAGCCGGUGUGUCUGGAGAUGAAUGGAUGGGCAAGACCUUUGACCUCAGCAAGGCUUACAAACAACUUGCCAUUCUUCCUGCUCACCAACAACAUGCGGUGGUAGGAUUUCCUGUGAGUGGCACCUGGAGAUUCUAUCGAAGUAUCUCCCUGCCCUUUGGUUGCACUGGAAGCGUGUACGGCUUCGUGAGGGUGUCUCAAGCCAUAUGGUACAUAGUGACUAAGCUGCUGUCUGCGAUAUCAAGUCACUAUUUCGAUGACUUCCCCACUUUGGAAAGAGCCCCGGGCUGCAGGGUUCUUUCUCUUGCGUUCAGCGCAGUGCUGGACAUGCUGGGGUGGGAACACGCCAAAGAAGGCGAUAAAGCGUUGAACUUUGCUGGUGCCUUCGACUUGCUGGGCGUGAACUUCAACCUUGCUUUGACUCCCAAAGGGAUUUUGCAG